UGCGAGCAAUAAGAAGCAUUUCAAAUUAAAAAAUACCAUCGCCAACAACGGGAAGUAUCGCGAGAACGUACGAGAACAUGGACACAAGACAACAAAAAUAAAUUUGUGGACAACAAGCCAGCGAAUGAUGGCGGCGUCGCUGCUACGCCGGGACAAGAAAGCUGCUGCCGCCCAUCUGAAGGCAGACUUAAACCGGACUGACAACACCUCUGGCCUUCGACAACUCCAGGAGCUGCUGGAUGUCGUGCUAAAUCCCGAAAAACCGGCGACGGACACGGAGGCGCUGGACUGGUGUAAAUGUCUAAUCGCAGGAGGCGAAGGUUUCGAGGAGUUCUGCAAAACGGUCCGGUCUUAUGACAACGCCACCCUGUGCGGCUUGGUGUGGACGGCUAAUUUUGUGGCAUAUCGAUGCCGGACGUGCGGGAUCUCCCCUUGCAUGUCACUGUGCGCGGAGUGUUUCAAUAACGGAGACCAUACAAGCCAUGACUUCAACAUGUUCCGGAGCCAGGCUGGUGGGGCCUGCGACUGUGGAGACAGUAAUGUCAUGCGAGAGACUGGGUUUUGCAGACGACAUCGGUUGAGAACAGGAGAGAACAUCCCAUCAAUACCCCGAGAUCUUCUCUUGAUGUCAGAGUUGGUUCUUCCUCGCUUUAUCCUGUACGUCAUCCAGUAUCUGAGGGAUGGAUACACAGAACCAGACACCUCAGCCGAGAGAGAUCUACAAAAAGUUUUACAGCAGCUGGAGCCUCAAAUCUCCUUCCUGGAGGAGCUCACUAAAAUGGGCGGAGCCAUGCGCACCGUACUGACAAAAAUCCUGACUAAUCAGCAAGCGUUCAAGGAGCUUAGCAUGGGCCAAGAGGAGAAUAUGUUUGCGAAAAGCAACUAUGACAAGUAUUUGUCCGCAUUGAAGAAUUCUGGUCUGGUGUCCAUGGAGGAAAAAGCCCAAAGUGUUGCCAGCGAUAGCCCUGUUGGUGCUGAAGGAGGUGCAGAUGUUCUGCUGGGAUCCACGGCACCAGGGAGCCCAGAUGAGGCCAGCAAAGAGGAGGACCAAGAUGCAGGGCAGAGCGUUGGGCAGAGAAAGAGAGUCAAGCUUAGUAGCAGUACAAAAGACCUGUGUAUUAUUGAGUCUUUGAAGCAUAAAUGUUUUUUGGAGGAGCUCCUGUUUUGGACGAUAAAAUACGAGUUUCCACAGAAGAUGGUCACCUUCUUACUCAACAUGUUACCAGAUCAAGAUUACAAGAUCACUUUUACAAAAACAUUUGUCCAGCAUUAUGCAUUCAUCAUGAAAACCCUGAUGAAAAGCCACGAGUCGGACACCAUGUCCAACCGCAUCGUGCAUAUCAGCGUGCAGCUGUUCAGCAACGAAGAGCUGGCUCGUCACGUGACGGAGGAGUGUCAGCUGCUGGACAUCAUGGUCACCGUCCUCCUUUACAUGAUGGAGAGUUGCCUUAUUAAAAGUGAACUUCAGGAUGAAGAAAACAGUCGCCAUGUGGUGGUGAACUGCAGCGAGGCUCUGUUGAAGAAUAACACCUACUGGCCGUUGGUUAGCGAUUUCAUCAACAUCUUGUCGCACCAAAGUGUUGCAAAAAAGUUCUUGGAAGACCAUUCCUUGUUGAUGCUGUGGAUGAGCUUUGUGUCAUUUUUCCAAGGAAUGAACCUGAAUAAGCGUGAGUUGAAUGAACACGUGGAAUUUGAGUCCCAGACCUACUAUGCAGCAUUUGCAGCUGAGCUUGAGGCCUGCGCACAACCGAUGUGGGGUCUUUUAACUCACUGCAAAGUCAAAGAGACUCAGGAGUAUACUAAAACUGUGGUCCGCUACUGUUUGGAGACUCUUCAAAUCUGGUUUGAUGCUAUUAGCUUCACUGAUGAGCCUUCGCCAAAUCAAGUGACAUUUCACUUGCCGCUACACCGCUACUACGCCAUGUUCCUCAGUAAGGCUGUGAAGUGCCAAGGCCUGGACCUGGACAGCCUCCUGCCUGACCAAGAGAUGCUGAUGAAGAUCAUGGUGCAUCCGUUGCAAAUCCAGGCGUGCCUGUCGGAGAUCCACAGCAACAUGUGGGUGAGGAAUGGGCUCCAGAUAAAAGGACAAGCCAUGACCUACGUGCAGUCGCAUUUCUGCAACUCCAUGAUUGACCCGGACAUCUAUCUUCUCCAGGUUUGUGCGUCAAGGCUUGAUCCGGACUACUUUAUCUCAAGUGUUUUUGAGAGGUUUAAAGUGGUGGAUCUUUUGACCAUGGCGUCGCAGCAUCAGAACGCCGUGUUAGACUCUGAACAGGAAAGACCAAUGCUAGAAGGUGCUCUGACCUUCUUGGUCAUACUGACAAGCCUCCGCAUUCAUUUAGGCAUGACAGACGACGAGAUCCUCCGGGCUGAGAUGGUAUCGCAGUUGUGUAUGAAUGAUCGUACUCACAGCUCGCUGUUAGACCUUAUUCCCGAGAAUCCCAACCCAAAGAGUGGUAUCGUACCGGGGAGCUGCAGCUUUGAAGAGGUGCUGUCUGCGGUAGCUGAUUUCAAAGCGCCCGUCUUUGAGCCAGGAGGCUCCAUGCAGCAGGGCAUGUACACCCCCAAAGCUGAGGUGUGGGAGAAGGAGUUCGAUCCCAUCAUGGUUGUUCUCAGAACGGUGUAUCGGCGGGACGUGCAGUCGGCAAUGGACAGAUACUCGGCAUUCUUGAAGCAGUCGGGCAUUCACACCGGUAACCCGUGGCCGCCUUACAAGGAGAGGACCCCGCUGCACCCUUGCUACAAAGGUCUCAUCAAGCUGUUGCACUGCAAGACCCUGCACAUUGUGAUUUUCACUCUCCUUUACAAGAUAUGGAUGGAUCAUCAGAAUAUGUCGGAACACGUGCUGUGCAUGGUGCUCUACCUCAUCGAGCUGGGAUUGGACAACCAGGUUCAAGACAGCAAAGAAGACGAGGAGCCGUGCAUCGAGGAGCACUGCCACGACAGUUGGUUCCCGGGUACCAACCUCAUCUCCAAUCUGCACCACAUCAUCAACUUUGUUCGAGUUCGAGUUCCUGAGACGGCACCCGAAGUGAAGCGAGAGGCGCCGCCCAGCACCAGCUCGGAGGCGUCGUCCUACGGCCAGAACCUGCGUGAAGCCCAAGUGUUUAGCCUGGUAGCAGAGCGCAGGAGGAAGUUCCAAGAGAUAAUCAACCGCAGCAGCUCAGAGGCCAACCAGGUCGUCAGGCCCAAGAGCUCAUCGACGCGCUGGGUGCCGCCAGGUACACCCCCCCAGCUGGUGACGGAGAUCCUGGAGAUAAGAGAAAGCAUGCUGUCCCUGCUGGUCAAGCUGCACCAGAAGCUGUCGUCCAAGCAGAACUCUUUGUCGGCGUCCUGGCUGGACAACAUGGACACGAGCCGUCACGCUCACGGGGACGGGAUCACCGCCAUCGAGCGUAUACUCGCCAAGGCGGCCAUGCGCAGCUGCCAAAUCAAGCGCAGCAUCCAGGACAUUUGCGGAAAGGUGUCGCCUCCUGUGCCGCCAAAGAAGAGCAGUCCGACAGACAAAAAAGCCAUGGAUAAAGAAGAGAGACGCCAGAGGGCCAGAGAGAGGCAACAGAAACUGCUUGCUGAAUUUGCCUCCAGACAGAAGAGUUUCAUGGAAACGGCCAUGGAUGUUGAAUCUCCGGAGACGGAGGCAGCCAUGGACCUGGGAGCGUCGGAGAUGAUGGAGUCCGAGGUUCUUUAUGAUUGUGUGAUCUGUGGACAGAGUGGACCCUCCACGGAGGACAGACCCACCGGCCUAGUUGUUCUCCUCCAGGCCUCCUCGGUGCUUGGACAUCGCUGCAAGAGCGAAGAGGCUAAGAAGCUCCCAACCUGCGAUGAAGAGCACAUUUACUCUGCCGACACGUGCGCAGUGGCUCAUGACGUCCGACUCACCCUUUUGCAACGCUUCUUCAAAGAUAGCUCCUGCCUGCAGUCUGUGUCGAUAGGUUGGGACGGGGGCGUCUACGUGCAGACCUGCGGACACACCUUGCAUAUAGAUUGCCACAAGUCCUACAUGGAGUCUCUGAGGAAUGACCAGGUCCUGCAGGGGUUCUCUGUUGACAAGGGUGAGUUUACCUGCCCGCUGUGUCGACAGUUUGCCAACAGCGUACUUCCCUGUCGACCCGGCCGGGGCUCUGAGGCCGGCAUCUGGCACACCCCCACAAACAAGAAGAUCAGUGUGCUUAUAAAGGAAGUGGGAGACCUUCAGGAGAACCUUGGACUUUUCCCAACGGAGUCCAACUUGAGUAAAGAGAUGGAGCUGGUCAUCAAAGACAUCAAGAACACCACGCAGAAGAAGUACAUGGACUACGGCAAGAACCCGGGCUCCCCUGAUAAUGACUUCCUCUUCAUGUACUCGGUGGCAAGGACCAACCUGGAAUUAGAACUUGUGCAUCGCGGAGGCAACCUGUGCUGCGGCGGUGCCAGUGCGGCUGCAAAGCGCUCAUGUCUUAACCAGCUGUUUCACGUGUUGGCCAUGCACAUGCGUCUGUACAGCAUCGAUUCCGCCUACAACCCGUGGACCAAGCUGACUCAACUCACACCCAGCAAAGAGGCAGAUUUUGACGACGAGAGACCCGAGGUGCCCAUGUUGUUUCGAGAUGUCCCGUCCUUGCUGGUCAUCUUUGUGCUGACUAUGCCUCAGCCUCUGCGAAAAGAGCAUUUUACCUGCGUGGUGAAGAUGCUGUACAACUUGCAGUUCAUCCAGGCUUUGGCUGCUCUCUCAACCAAGCUGAGCCCGGAGGAAAGGCAGGCCUGGAGCUCAUCCGGGGCCAACAAAAAGGCUGCUGCAAAUGCAGAUACGUCUUUUGAAGCGCUGCUUAGUCACGUGAUCAGUGAAUUCUCCAAGAGCAACAGCAUCUAUGCAGAGGACACGGAAGACACGAUGCUGAGCACCAGCGUGUGGUCCCCACAGUCUAUCCACUUCAGCCUGCAGCAGUACUGCCUGCCCUUCCUCCGCCUCUCCUGCCUCCUGCAGCAUCAUCUCUACGGAGACAACCUCGCCGGCUGCUUGGAGGAAGAAGAGUUCUCGUCCUUGGCCGUGUGCCUGGGACUCGUACCCGCGGCCUCUUUGGCUGCCAACGCUGUGAACAGUGCCUCUUGUCUGGAGUGGGCGGUCAGCGCUUUCCCCUUGGUCACGCAGUGGUGUGCUGAGGUCAACGCGCUCUCUCAGGUGCAGGCCGAGCAAUCACUGACCUUGCUGGUCCAGGAUCCGCAGUGGGCGGCACCCCGCCUCCUCCAGCUGCCUGCCAACUACAACAUCAUCUUCCAGUACUACCACAGGAAGGCUUGCACUGCCUGCAAAAAGGUGCCAAAGGACCCCGCACUCUGCCUUGUCUGUGGCGCCUUUGUGUGUCUCAAGGGGGUUUGCUGCAAGCAGCAGGGUAUCUGUGAAUGUGUUUUGCACUCCCAACACUGUGGCGCGGCUACGGGCAUCUUUCUACUGAUUAACGCCUCAGUCAUCAUCAUCAUCCGUGGCCAUCGUUUCUGUCUGUGGGGUUCUGUUUACCUUGAUGCCCACGGAGAGGAGGACCGUGAUUUACGCCGGGGCAAGCCCCUCUUCUUGUGUGAGGAGCGGUAUCGCGUGUUGGAGCAGCAGUGGGUCUCGCACACUUUUGAUCACAUCAAUAAGCGCUGGGGACCUCACUAUAACGGACUCUAAAGACCCCACACCCCCCACCACCCCCGCAGUUCACUUGAAAAGUGCAAGCCGUGACAUUUUUGAAGACGAUUUGUGUUUUUGUGUCGUUUUUGGCCGCUGCGUGAAACGCGUUUGACGGGAAAGCUUGGCCUGAAGGCGUCGGUGCCACAGCCUCGCUGUGUGUGAAGUUUGGUGUACAAUCAAUCAUGAGCCCUAAGACUAACUAACACGUGUGUGCGUAUUUUAUCGCUUAGUUUUCAACAGGGGGAGAGGGGGGGGGGGGACACAGUUUGGACAUGUCAAAUUCAAACUGAGCACAACUUUUCUCGGAAAUGUGCUUUGGUUUGGGAGUAGGCUUUAGAUGAAGUAUUUAUUUGGGUCUCAAUAUAUCAAAAUACCUGAUUAUCCCUGCAAUAAUGCACCAUUUAUGAUGCCGUUAAUGCAUAUCCCUUUUAAGUAUGGUUUCUCCUGACGGGUGCGGCCGCAUGACUGCGUGACAUCAACAUACUAGAUAGCGUUUUGGUUUUUUUUUUUUCCAAAAGAGCAAAACGACUCUUUCUUUUUUGGGGUCUAGUUGCAAUCCAUCCUCAGGAAUUUUUGUUGGUUUUUUUUUUUCUGGAAAUAAGAUUUAGGUAUUUAAUAAAAUAAAUGCUGCUGCUCUUUGUUCAUGUGGUUUUACCUCGUGUGAAGGUUGUUUUUUGCUUGGAAGGCCGCCAACGUCGGCUUCCAGUCACUUUUAAAGGACGCGCGUUGGUCACUUCCUCACGCUCACCACCAACUUCUGCAGUUGCAUUUUUGGGUUGCAUGUGGUGAAGGUGUGAGAAUAAUAAUAAUAAUAAUAAAAAAUAUAUAUAUACACACAGUGGAACCUUGGUUUGCGUCAAGCCAUUCCAGACUCUAACCAAAUCAAAAUUUCAUUUGUUCCCCAAAGCCAAAAAUGUUAACACAAAACACCUUUUCAUAGUUUGACAGCUAUAGUUUUACAUGCAUAAAUACAUAGAAUACAUUUAAGCGUACUUCCUGUACCUUCAUGAAAGGUACCUUCUCCUUGUUUUGCUCCGAUCCAGUAGUGUUUCUCACCACAAGUCUGUCCUUUUCUUUUGAUAAUGGCUGCAAAAUAACCCCAAAAUUAUCCAAAGAAAGAAGCUGAGAAAUGUCUCAUAGCAAAACACUAAGGUGGUGUGGUUUCUCACCUUCUCAACUUCAAAACGCUGCCGCUUGCAGAUGUCUUUGGCUCCAUUUUUGGCUUAUUUUGCAGUAGUGAUUAAAAAAAAAGCAGAGCUUUGAGACAUUUCAAGAAAUAACUCAUAGCAAAACAGGAAGGUGGUGUGGUUUCUCACCUUCUCAACUUCAAAAUGCUGCCACUUGCAGAUGUCUUUGGCUCCAUUUUUGGCUUAUUUUGCAGUAGUGAUUAAAAAAAAGCAGAGCUUUGAGACAUUUCAAGAAAUAACUCAUGGCAAAACCGGAAGGUGGCGUGGUUUCUCACCUCCUUAAUCAUAAUGCUGGGCGCUUGUAACUUUCUUUGGCUCUGUUUUCCCUUAUUUUGCAGCCGUGAUCCAAAGAAAAGCAGUGAUUUGAGAUGAGAAAUCACUCAUGGCAAAACAGGAAGGUGGUGUCUGUGUUGAUCUUGCUUCAGUAAAGGUAAAAGUGCCAUUAAAUGUUCAUUUAUACUUUUCAUUCGUCAUUCAUGUGCAUUUAAAGUUGUUGUCUGCCGGUGAAACUACACUCGUGUGUUUUGUAGUGUAACUGUUAGCAAAAAAACUACAGUCCACUGCUGCUGACAUAGACAGGUGAUGGGUGUUCCUGUUUCCAUGCAUUAGCAAGAUGCUAAUGAGGAUGUUUUGUGCUAAAAAUACACAAAGUUACUAAUAACACAACAAGACACCUUCCAUAUGGUAUGGUAACAGUAAAGUACAUGCAAACAAGGCAAAUUAAGUUAAUUUUCAACGUUAACUGGGGUUCCACUGUAUUACUAAAAAAAAAAAACGAAUCAACUGCGUUUGAGAACAGUCUAAAAGAAAAAGGUUGUCACUGACGGGAGACUCCAUCACUGCUCGUCUUUUCAUUCCUUCAACAAACACCAGGGAAAUCAUGUUGGAUGGAUGGAAAAAAGCAUAAAACGUUUCCCCCGUGAGGUGUCCGGCUUUGGAACGCCAACUCCAGUUUAGACCAGUGCACAAACUGGGAUGACUUUAUUGGUGCAUUCCAACGCUCCACCACAUUUUGGACUUGACACUGUGCAUGACAUCCUUUCUAUUCUUUCAGUAAGUGUCUUAGCUUAUUUCAUUCAGUCGUGCCUGUGAGAUGUUUCGGUUGGUCGGUAGGACGCGGUGGGACGAGCGCUAGGAAGGAAUCUCCGGCGUUUGAGUUGAGACUUGAAAUGUUAGAGUUAAAAAAAAAAAAAAAAAAAAAAAACAGCAAGUGGCUGAACUCAUGCAUGCUGCUUUUAUGUUUACUGACUUUCACCCGGUCAUCACGUUUGCGGUCCCGACCUUGUAAAUGAGCAAAGCAAAUAGGCAGUGAGUGUAAAUUGUGGUUGGAAGCUCUUGUGUUCCCCUUGUGUGAGUGAAGAGAAUACAGUACAUUACUGUAGCCGCAGAAGCUAACUUUCUCAUUUUUGAGCAGAAAGUAUGACUUGGACAUUUAAUGCAACAUGUAAUAUAUGUGAAUAAAAUAUAAGCACA